AUAUAUAUAUAUAUAUGCGCACAUGGUUUAGGAAAUAUGAAGUUAUCUAAUCAUGUAUCGCAGUAUCGGGAUGCAGUGGAGGGGUAAGGUUUUAUUUGUUUAAUGUCCUUUUUCGAUCGUGUUUUGAAUGUAAACUUUGUUAUUUUCCAUUGUGUAUAUAUUUUCACUCGUUUCCAAUUCUCGUGUUUGUCGCCGUCAUCCAAUGGAAAAGAAGUAAAAGAAAUUAAAGUGUGGACGCGACAAUUAAGCGCGUGUGAUCCACACAAACCAAUCCGAUGAACGAGACUGAGAGUGCACAACACGCGCUUCAAUGUGCGAAUGUCGUUCGUAGAGAACUGCUAUUUCUUCCCCCAAAUCUGAAAGAACUUCGAUUCCACGUCUUUCUUCUUCAUUCCCCUGGGCAUUCGACCAAAAAAAAACCCAAAUUUGUCAGGCAAAAAAAAAAUCAAGAUCUCCGAUGGCGGAUCCGAUAGAAUCUCCAAGAACACCGAACUCGGCUUCGUCUCCUCCGGCAUCGUACCUAAUCUUCAUGAGAAUCAUGAGCAAGAGACGAACAUGGGUCUGUCUCUUUAUCAUCGUCUACGCCGUUCUCUUGUCGUCUUCGUGGAAUCUAUUGAAAUCCGUACUCAACUGGUACGAGCUCCACCACUACACCUCCGAAACGGCGUCUGCAUCGGCGGGGCGUUUGCAUUUGCCGGCGGUGUACGCGUCGGUGGUGUUGGGUGCGGUGUUCGGGACGAUGUCGAUGGCGGCAGCGGCGGCGGUGGCGGUGCCGGCGGUGAUGGUGAUCUGGAUAUCGGUGGUGGUUCUUUUGGCGUUCUUCGGAAAACCCAAGAGGGUUUUGGUCGUGGAAGGUCGGAAAAUUACCAGAGAAGUCGUGGGUUAUGUGUUUAAGGUCCUGUUGAAGGAAGGUAACGCUGUCGCUGCCCUCUGUGCUGUCCUGAGCUAUUUCUUACUGAUUAGAAGGGAUACUGACUCGAGUUAGGGUUUUGAUUUCAGAAGAUUUGGACCCUUUUUCUCGGGGGGUUUAGUAAUCGAUAUGAUCUCAGUGUUUGAUGGGUCGGGUAGAUUUUUUGUUCUUUGGGAUGAACUCUUGAUCUUUCUUCUUCUUCUUCUCUGUUUCCACUGAUGUUCCAUGAAACCACCGCCACCAUACCAUGUUCCUGUAAAUGCAACUGUAUAUUGUUAGA